AUGGCGGCGGACCACGGGGAGGGCGUCGGCCGGUGCAUACUGGUGGGGCUGCACAUGGACGCCGUCGGCAGGGACCUGCUCCGGUGGGCGCUCCACCAGCAGGCCAGGCGGGGCGACAGCAUCGUCGCCGUGCACAUUUACCGAAAGUCCGACAAGACGAACACGCUGAAGCUGAUCAGGACGCUGGACAACUACCUGGCGGAGUACGAGGCCCUCUGCAACCAGAAACAGGUCGUUCUCGUCGGCCGGGUGACGCCGGGGAGCUCGAUCCAGAAGGAGCUGGUGAAGGAGGCCAAGCUCUGCGCCGCCAUGGUCGUGGUGCUUGGCGCCAAUAAGAAGUACUCCUUCGGAGGGUCGUCCUGCCUGGCCAAGUACUGCGCCAAGAAGCUGCCGCCGACAACCACCGUCGUCGCCAUCCAGGACGGCAAGGCCGUCUUCGUCCGGGAGGCGCCCAAGCCCCCACUUGGAGCAGAGCCCAAGCCGGUGCUCCGCACGGUGCUGCACCCGAGCGUGGGGCUGGAGCCCAAGGUGAUCAUCCCGAACCCGAACCGUAGCGCGCGGUCCAUGGACUUCGACACCCGGAGCUGCAGCCACGGCGCCGCGGCCGCGCCGGCAGCCAAGUCCUUCGACGACGCCACCAAAGGCGACGGCAGCGUGACGCUCGAGCAGAGGCUCGGGUGGCCGCUGCUCCGCCGCGCGCACGCCGCCGCCGCCGCAGCUGCCCCUGUACAAACGCCCAGUGCCAAGAAUCAGGAGCCGCGGAAGCAGUCGGUGGUGCACUGGGUGAUGAGCCUGCCCCGGCGAUCCGCGCCGUCGGAGUCCGCCGAGCCGCAUGCCGGGGCGAGGCUCGAGUCGGAGCUCAAGGCAAUGCUUGGUGGCAGUGGCGCCCGGUUUCAGGCAGCUCACACGAUUCGUCGUCGUCACCAACCCCCGUUCUUGGCUUGUCGCAGCGAGAACCUGAUUGGGAACGGAGGGAACAGCAGGGUGUACAGGGGCAGCCUCGCCUUCGGGCAGCAGGUGGCGAUCAAGCUGUCCAAGGCGUCGGCGCAGGCGUCCAAGGACUUCCUCCGGGAGGUGGACAUCAUCACCAAGCUGCAGCACCACCGGAUCGUCCCCUUAAUCGGCGUCUGCGUGGAAGGCCGCAACCUCAUCUCCGUCUACAGCUACCUCCCCAGGGGCAGCCUCGAGGACAACCUACACGGGGAAAGGUCAAAGCCGGCGCUGUCAUGGGAGAACCGGUACAGGGCGGCGCUGGGGAUCGCGGAGGCCCUGAGCUACCUGCACUCCGGCAGCUCGCGGCCGGUGAUCCACCGGGACGUCAAGUCGUCCAACAUCCUCCUCGCGGAAGAGUUCGAGCCUCAGCUAUCCGAUUUCGGGCUGGCCAUCUGGGCGCCGACGAAUCCGACGUCCCUGACGCACAGCGACGUCGUCGGCACAUUCGGGUACCUGGCGCCGGAGUACUUCAUGUACGGGAAAGUGACCGACAGGGUGGACGUGUACGCGUUCGGCGUCGUCCUGCUGGAGCUCCUGUCCGGCCGGAAGCCCAUCAGCAGCGACGGGUCGUCACCCAAGGGCCAAGAGAGUCUCGUCAUGUGGGCAACUCCGGUGCUUAGCAGCGGCGACAUCUCUGACCUGCUGGACCCGAGGCUGGACGUAAAGCACGACGAGGUGGAGGUGAGGCGGAUGGUCUCUGCCGCGUCGCUCUGCCUCCGGAGGUCGGCUCGACUCAGGCCGCCGAUAUCGCAGAUAAUGAGCAUACUACGAGGAGAAACCACGGCGAGCAUCGCCGACCAGGGCGCAACGGAGCCGGACUGCCUGGACGACGAGGCUUACCCGGCGGCGAACGUGAGGUCGCACCUGGACCUCGCGCUUCUUGACGUGGAAGACUCCGAGUCCAUCUCUAGCACGGAGCACAGCAGCGGCCUCAGCCCGUUGGAGGAGUACCUGCGAGAACGUUGGAGCCGAUCGUCCAGCUUCGACUGA